CAUCCCCACUCCCCUCAGACACUUUUCCGCGCAUCUCUUCCUUUCCAUCUACCCCGGCUGCAGGAAAGCUCGCCACGCCCAGCCCCGCUUUCUCUAGGACUCCUUGCUAGUGGCCCUCCAAAAACAAGGGGUGGGGUGUGGGGAGGGGGGUGUUAAGAAUGCAGGAGGCAACGAGCUCCUUCAGAGGAGCUUGUGUUGCUGCGGGCUCCCCAGCUGUCCGCCCUUUGGCUGUGCUCACCUUCUCCCCAUCUCCUCCAUCCCUGCUUCCCUCUCUCUUCUUCAUCCCUCCCUCCCUCUCUUCCUGCCCCCCUCCUCCCCCCCUCUCCCUUCCUUCCCUCCCCUUCACGUCUCCUCCCUACUCCGUCUCCUCCCUUCCACUCCCCCUGCCCGGGGCUGCCUGCUCGGCUGCCUGCCUGCCUGCCUGCCUGCCUGCCAAGCCUGCUUGCUUGCCUGACAUAACGGCUCCGCUCGGCUCAAAGCUGGGAAGGAGAGAACCUGCACCGCUCCCAACGCUUUUGGAAAGGAGCAGGGGAUGCUCGGAGCUUCGCCCUCACUGCCCUCCUACCCCUAGCCCACCACGUAUCUGGGCUUGGGACAGCCUCACGUCUGGAGGUCGCAACUUUCCCCAGGAGUAGAGCGCACCGCUGGGGGCACCCCAAAAGGAAAAGGGCGGAAGCCCCCAGGAACUUCACAAACUUCUUUGGGGCAGACCAGAAGGAAAGCAGCAGCCUAAGCCCAGAGGAGGAUGGAGAGCCACAACAACUGAAUAAAACUGUCCUCAGUCCUCUCCACCCCACCUCCGACCAGUCAUGGGGGCCGGAUACAGCGCUUUGCUCCAGGACAGACCAGGCUGGUCCUCCAGGUCUCUGGCUUAGCCCCUGGGGUGCCAACCCUAGGGACUGCCAACCCCCUCCAGCUCCUGCUGCUGGAUGUCCUGCUUUUAAUUCCAGAUUGUCCCUCAAAAAGGAGGCAGGGCUGGCACUCACAGCCUCUCCCCGGCAAUCCUUUUUGGACCAUUCGAGUCCCCUGCUAUGGAUAGCCCAGAGCCCUACUCUGUUCAGGCCACUGCAGCCAUCGCAGCUGUUAUCACCUUUCUCAUCCUUUUCACCAUUUUUGGCAAUGCCCUAGUCAUCCUGGCUGUGUUGACUAGCCGAUCCCUUCGAGCCCCACAGAACUUGUUCCUGGUUUCCCUGGCUGCAGCUGACAUCUUGGUGGCUACUCUGAUCAUACCCUUUUCAUUGGCCAAUGAACUGCUGGGAUACUGGUACUUCCGACACACCUGGUGUGAGGUCUACCUGGCCUUAGAUGUCCUUUUCUGCACCUCUUCCAUCGUGCACCUGUGUGCCAUCAGUCUGGAUCGCUACUGGUCAGUGAGCCGAGCCCUGGAGUACAACUCCAAGAGGACCCCCCGAAGGAUUAAGGGCAUUAUUCUCACUGUUUGGCUUAUUGCUGCCUUCAUCUCGCUGCCCCCACUCAUCUACAAGGGAGACAAGGGCAAGAAACCAGGAGGUCGGCCCCAGUGUAAGCUUAACGAAGAGGCCUGGUACAUCCUCUCCUCCAGCAUUGGCUCCUUCUUUGCACCCUGCCUUAUCAUGAUCCUGGUCUACUUGCGGAUCUACCUGAUUGCCAAGCGACGUAACCGCCAGGGGCCCCAUAGCAAGCAGGCCCCUGGUGAUGGAGACACUGGGCCAUCUGCCCCUGUUGGUACAUCUAUAAUAUCUAAGCUUCCACCCUCCAUUCUCCCAGCUGUGGGUGAGGCCAAUGGACAUUCCAAACCUCCUGGAGAGAGAGAGGGAGGGGAACAGAUGGGAGAUCCCACGUCACCUUCCACACCUCCCAACCAGAGUUCUGUGGGGCCAGAGGAUGGCAGUCAGAAGCAAGAGGAGGAAGAGGAAGAAGAGGAGGAGGAGGAGGAGGAGGAGGAAGAAGAAUGUGGGCCUCCAGCCCUUCCAACUUCCUCUCCUCCCCAAGGAACCCCAAACUUUCAGCCUCCACAGGGUUCCCAGGUGUUAGCCACACUCAGGGGCCAGGUACUGUUGGCCCGAGGACCUGCCUCUCUGGGGCUACAGCCAUGGAGGCGUAGGACCCAGAUGAACCGAGAAAAACGCUUCACCUUUGUGCUGGCUGUGGUGAUUGGGGUCUUUGUCCUCUGCUGGUUUCCCUUCUUCUUCAGCUAUAGCCUAGGAGCCAUCUGCCCCCAGCACUGUAAGGUCCCUCAUGGUCUUUUUCAGUUCUUCUUCUGGAUUGGCUACUGCAACAGUUCUCUCAACCCUGUCAUCUAUACCAUUUUCAACCAGGAUUUUCGCAGGGCCUUCCGCAGGAUCCUUUGUCGCCAAUGGACUCAGACAGCUUGGUGAAUUGGGGGUCUCAGCAUCCUUGAACCUGCCCUGUUUUAUCUAGCAGAGCCAUCGGGCUGGGUAGCUCCCAGUGGCCUUCUUUUCCCUCUGCCUGGUACCCUUUUGUUGAUCCGCUGGGGAUUCUGCUGAGAGGAGAGUGUUAUGUGUGUAUGUGUGAGUGUGUGCUUGUGAGUAUGUAUGUGAGUGUGUCCUGGGCCAUAUUUAAUUUUUUCCAGAACUUGGUGUAAUGGAGCAUUUGCUUUCCUCCAUGUGCAGAGGGUGAGGCAGAGUGAGAUCAGGAUCAGAGGCCAAAUCCUGGAGAAAACCUCACAAUGGAAAAGAGAUGGCUUCUUUCCUCAGCCCUGCAGUCCUAAAUCAAACUGGGUACCUUUCCCUUCUCAGGGAACCUGGCUUCCCCAGUCAGCCUUGCCUGAGUUCCCUGGGAGGGCGUUUACCUGGGAAUGUUUCCAAAGAGCAGGAAGGCGAGACUUGAACAUUUCCAGGGACAGCAAGUAUCUGAGGUAGCUGCAGAGCCAGAUCCUCCCUCUCCGACAGUUCCACUGCCCUGCAGGGCUCUGUGAAUUGGUGGUGGUUUUGUAUUCUGGCGCUUCCCUUUUUUCCACCCUUCCUUUGGUUUGGGGCUCCUUUUCAGGAGAGUCUGUGCUUUGUUUCUUCCCUGUGGAAGUCAGCAUGCCCUGCUUCUGCUUCACCCAGUGAGCCUGGAUCAUAGGCACUUCCCAUCUCAGUGCCUCAGUCUCCCCCCUCUGCAAAAACCAGGGCAACAAUAGCUUGCCGCCUACUCGAAGCAAGAAGAUGAAAGGGUUUGCAAAAAGCUUUGAGCUCCGUGGGGGAACAUGCUAGAGAAAUAGAGAAAUAGAAAAUGUGAUUAUCCGGUGAUAUAAAAAUCUCCUUUUCUCUAUGUUUACCACCACCUGUCUUCCUAUGGAAUUUAGUUCUGUGCCUGUGUUGUAUGAAUUCCUACCCCAAACCUGGAAGCCGAGAGAAAGCGAGAAGAGAGAGUCAUUCCUUCUUUUAAAGGGUUUCAUUGAAAAUGUGCUCUUCUUGCCUCCAAAGGUUUGAGUUAUUAUUUUGCAUGACAACUUCUUGACAUUUCACCUGAACACCUAGGAGUUUCUUCUGCUGCCUUCUGUCCCCCGACACUGGAUAAAUCUUUUGUCAUCAGCCAGGCAAAUUAUUUCCCCCAAGAUGGCUAAAAAUACCCACUCUGUGGGAACAAGCUGAGAGGGAUGGAUGAUAGAUGGGUGUCAGAGAUUUCAGGGAAAUGCGGGCUGUGCACCGGACUGGGCUGUUGAUGUCAGAGCAGGUGAGGGGAGCUCUGUAGUUCUUGUGGACGGGCUGGGGAAGUCGGGUUCCUGGAGCCCAGGAUGCCCUGGCCCUAGGAGGCUAACCCUUUUGACCUCAGGGGUGUACAGUGAGCUCAGCAUCAUUAGAGACUGAGCCUUGUGGUUCCACACCUCUGUGACUGGGGAGUCUUAGAGCAGCUUCUCUUCUGGCUCUUUCCCAGUCUCUGAACGUGGUGUCUGCUACAACUGAGAGUAUCUGAAUGAUAUCCCCAGUGUCUCCCAGGGGAGUGUCUGGCUAUCUGCUCUGAUACACAACUCCUGUAGUAAUGGACAAUUGGAGCCCACUUGGCUACUGCUUUCCUAGGCGGGUGUGGCUGGUUCUGUAGGUCUGGCUACCUUCUAGGACUUCUGUGGGCCAGACCUCAGCCUGGUGACCCCAGGGAGCUUUGGUGUUGGGGAAGACAAGAGCAGAAGUAAGGAGGGUCCCUGGCUUAGCAGCCAGGGGCUAAAGGGGAGACUAGAUGACUUGGCAGCACCAAGAUCAGAGGAUGUCCACUUUGGGAGGAGGGACAGCCUGGGCUUGACUGUAGCAGUCAGCAGGAAGGUGAGAAACGUUUUCAGGGCACAGACAUGACCAUCAUGGUGGAGCCAGGGACUGUGGGAGGGGACAGCCAGGCAACCUAUGUUUUCUGGUCUUGUUAUUUGUGCCUCGUGGCAUUCUCCUGUUUUGUCCUGACCCAGCAACGCCGCAUGCAGGUGUUUCUAAGAAGUCUGAGCUUUUUUUUUUUUAAACAAUAAAGGAUAUUUUUUAAUAAGGAA